GAGAGAGAGAGGGUUGCUGUCGUCUUCACUGAUCUCCUAAGAGUGGUCGUUAGUAUUUUUUGCUCAGAGGUCUUCCACAGUCAUGUUGAGAGCCAGGGAACAGGGCUCUUUGGCCGUGCUGGCUUCCACCCUUCUUUUGGGAUGCGGCGUUGCGUUUUCCCUCGGACAGAAUGCCACAGAACCGGUAGUUUUGGAAGGAAAAUGUUUAGUGGUGUGUGACUCGAACCCGUCCGCCGAAGGAGGAGUGACCUCGUCGUUUGGGAUAUCUGUCCGGGCUGCUGGUGCUAAAGUGGCCUUUUCUGCUGUCAGAGGAACUAACCACGAACCAUCAGAAAUGAGCAACAAGUCCAUGACAAUCUACUUUGAUCAGGUACUAGUGAACAUUGGAAAUCAUUUCGAUCUUAAGGCAAGUGUAUUUCAAGCUCCUCGUCGAGGCAUUUACAGCUUCAGCUUUCACGUUGUGAAGGUCUACAACCGACAGACAAUCCAGGUCAAUCUGAUGCAUAAUGAAUACCCAAUAAUAUCUGCGUUUGCCGGUGAUCAAGACGUGACCCGGGAGGCAGCGAGUAACAGUGUUCUUCUUCACCUGGAGCGUGAAGACAGACUCUAUCUCAAACUAGAGAGAGGGAACCUCAUGGGCGGGUGGAAGUACUCCACAUUCUCUGGCUUCCUUGUUUUCCCUCUCUGAUUGAAUAUAGCCCACUUUAAAUGGCCCAGACUGAAGACCAAGGGACAUUUCCAUAUCUGCUUUCAAAAAUAAAGGUAGCAGAGAGAACAUGGAAUGCAUUCUAGUUUAUUUUAUUUAUUGUUAGGAUCUGAAGAAAUGUAAUGAGUUUGUAUGUAUGUGUGUGUGUUUAACUAUUUGUGAGAUUUAAAAGCAAGUAGGAUAGU